GAUGGAGGCAGCUAGUUUUAGCUAAGACAGGACCAGGUGAGGCUGGAUCAUGGGACAUCUCUGCUCCCCACUGGCCAUAGCCCUGCUGGCAACGAGCCUGGCUCAGGGUGCUCAGGGGAGUCAGAAUCAGACAGGCUGCGGCAAGCCGUUGGUCUCACUCUCAGGGCGCAUCUUGAAUGGUCAAGAUGCCAAGGCCGGGGCCUGGCCCUGGCAGGUCAGCGUGCAGAGAUACGGCUCCCACAUCUGCGGCGGUUCGCUCAUCUCCGAGAGUUGGGUGGUGUCAGCAGCUCAUUGCUUCGAUCCAUCUGUAGCCAAUUCAUCGUAUCGGGUACAGCUGGGUGAAAACAGGAUUGGUAGUGAGACCCCACCCCAGUCGUUCUCAUUGGUGAAGCGGGUCGUCCCCCAUCCCAAUUACAACAGUAGCACUUUCCUUGCUGACAUCGCCCUGGUGGAGCUGGAGAAGCCAAUUGCGUUCACGGCCUCCAUCAGCCCCGUGUGUCUGCUCGACGCCUCCGUCCGUGUGCCUGCUGGGGACGCCUGCUGGGUGACGGGCUGGGGGAACAUUCGCCCCCAAGAGAGUUCUUCCCUAGCGGAGACGCUGCAGGAGCUGGAGGUGCCCACCAUAGACACCACAAUCUGCAACGAUCUCUUCCGGGAAGCAUUACAAAAGCCUGCGGGUGACAACCCCAUCAAAGAGGACAUGAUGUGUGCCGGGCACAUGGAGGGCUAUAAGGGGACGGCCCCGGGUGACUCCGGGGGACCCCUGGUGUGUGAGGAGGACGGGACCUGGUACCUUGCUGGGAUUGUGAGCUGGUUACUGAAAACAACAGUGAACAGUGUUGCUGCCGGUUACCCCGGGGUCUACGACCGCCCGAAUGCCCACAACGACUGGAUCCAGGAGAAUGUGCCUGCUGUGAGUUUCAUGGUGGUGAACUUCACUCUGAACAGUGCCGGUUCCUCUACCACCAUCACUACGAACAGUGCCGGACCCUCUGCCAGCACCCCCGAGGUCCUUCUCCUCACUGUGCUUCUGUGGCUGACUCUGUGACCCCCCUCCUUGACUGGUUCCCCAUCCCACACCAGCCCUUCCUCACCCUUGGUGCAGAGAGACCAUGUCACCUGUGACACCAGACCCCAGUAUUCACACCCUACACACUAUUGUAACAAUCUUUGUGCAAAAUGCACCUUGUGAGGUAUGAUUUGAAAACUAAUAACUCUCUGAUCGUUCCUAUCCGUGUGUGAUGUACGUACGCAAGGGCUGUUAAGGGUUAGGGACAUACACUGCAGUGGUCACUAAAAUGUGUUCAAACCAGGUGUGGCAGGUGGAGUUGUUAAACAGGUCUCUCCCAAAGAAAGGACUGUGUUUCGCUCCAUUUCCUAAGCAGCACACAAACCCAUCGAACUAAAAGGGGCGGAGGCAAAAACCUCACACUGAGAA